GAGCCGGGGAGGGGCUCCUUAAAGAAACGCUGCUGUCGCUCGCCUGCUCGCUUUGCGCUCGGCAUUGUGGCCAGCCAGCCGGGCACUCGGGGGGCACGCGCGGCCGCCGCUCGAGCUCUGCCCCCACCCCAACCGCCAGCAGAUCUGGGGUGGGGACCCAGGCGGGGGCUCUUGCAGCCACUGCCCGGUGCGGACUGCACGCAGAGACCCACUCCUCCCGGAGCCGAGAAAGGAGCCACGGAGCCCUCCGCAGCCGACCGGCCUCCCCGCCCCUGACCACCGUCUUCCCGGCUGCCUUUGUGGCUGCAGCUUCUGGCUGCCGAGCGGAGAGCCGGCUGGGGCGCGGCGUGCACGGCGGAGCAAUGCCCAGCUCGCUGUUUGCAGACCUGGAGCGCAACGGCAGCGGCGGCGGCGGGGGAGGCGGCGGCGGGGGAGGCAGCGGUGGCAGCGGCGGGGGAGAGACUCUGGAUGACCAAAGAGCCCUGCAGCUUGCGCUCGAUCAGCUCUCUCUGUUGGGGCUGGACAGUGACGAGGGUGCCUCUCUGUACGACAGCGAGCCGCGCAAGAAGAGCGUGAACAUGACCGAGUGCGUGCCGGUACCCAGUUCCGAACACGUCGCGGAGAUCGUAGGGCGGCAAGGUUGUAAAAUCAAAGCUUUGAGGGCGAAGACCAACACUUACAUCAAGACCCCAGUUCGUGGGGAGGAGCCUGUCUUUGUUGUGACGGGCAGGAAGGAGGAUGUGGCCAUGGCUCGGAGGGAGAUCAUCUCCGCCGCGGAGCACUUCUCCAUGAUCCGAGCCUCUCGUAACAAGAACACAGCCCUCAACGGCGCUGUUCCUGGGCCGCCCAACCUGCCGGGACAGACCACUAUCCAAGUGAGGGUGCCAUAUCGCGUGGUGGGGCUCGUGGUGGGACCGAAGGGCGCCACGAUCAAGCGCAUUCAACAGCAGACACACACAUAUAUUGUGACACCCAGCCGGGACAAGGAGCCAGUGUUCGAGGUGACCGGGAUGCCAGAAAACGUGGAUCGCGCUCGAGAGGAGAUCGAGGCUCACAUUGCGCUGCGCACCGGUGGCAUCAUCGAGCUGACAGACGAGAACGACUUCCAUGCCAAUGGCACCGACGUGGGCUUUGAUCUGCAUCACGGGUCCGGCGGGUCCGGGCCCGGCAGCCUCUGGAGCAAACCCACCCCAAGCAUCACUCCUACCCCUGGCCGCAAGCCCUUCUCCAGCUAUCGCAAUGACAGCUCCAGCUCGCUUGGCAGCGCAUCGACAGACUCUUACUUCGGUGGUGGGACCAGCGGCAGCACAGCUGCCACUUCACGCCUGGCGGACUACAGCCCUCCCAGCCCUGCGCUCAGCUUUGCCCACAAUGGAAACAACAACAAUAACGGCAAUGGCUACACCUACACAGCGGGGGAAGCCUCAGUGCCUUCCCCGGAUGGUGGUCCUGAGCUGCAGCCUACUUUCGACCCAGCUCCCGCCCCACCACCUGGGACACCCCUUCUCUGGGCCCAAUUCGAGCGAUCGCCCGGAGGUGGAUCUGCAGCCCCAGUAUCCUCUUCCUGCUCUUCCUCGGCAUCCUCAUCUGCCUCGUCGUCCUCGGUGGUCUUUCCCGGCGGUGGCGCCAACAGCACACCCUCCAAUGCCAACCUGGGGCUGCUAGUGCACCGCCGGCUGCACCCGGGCACCAGCUGCCCGCGCCUGUCUCCGCCCUUACACAUGGCCCCAGGGGCGGGAGAGCACCACCUGGCUAGGCGUGUUCGCAGCGACCCGGGCGGUGGAGGUCUGGCCUAUGCCGCCUAUGCUAAUGGGCUAGGGGCGCAGCUCCCGGGUCUGCCUUCGUCGGACACUUCGGGCUCCUCCUCGUCCUCCAGCUCCUCCUCCAGCUCUUCCUCCUCUUCCUCUGGGCUGCGGCGCAAGGGCAGCCGUGACUGCUCUGUGUGCUUCGAGAGCGAAGUGAUCGCCGCGCUGGUGCCCUGUGGCCACAACCUCUUCUGCAUGGAGUGUGCCAACCGCAUCUGUGAGAAGAGUGAGCCCGAGUGUCCCGUCUGCCACACCGCGGUCACUCAGGCCAUCCGCAUCUUUUCCUGAAGGCAGUGCGCGCGUGCGUGCACUGUGCAGGGAAGGAGGGUCCCCUCCCUAAGACCCUCAUUUCCCUAGGGCCUACCUGCCCAGACGCCUCUGGUGCCCUCCUCUUUCCACCUCUCCCUCCUCACUCUCAGAGAUCCCAGAGGAGCUUGGAAAGCUGUAGUAUCCGCUCAUUUUUAAAAUGUCAUUUUUAAACAAAGGAACUUGCCAGGAUCUCUGCAUCAGGAGUACUGUAGCCUGGGAAGCCUCUGACCACCUGAAUUGCAUGCUCUAUAAAUAAUAGGAACGGCGACAUUCUAGUAACGAUAGUUUUUACACUGUACUUAAUAGGAAGCUUCCAAAAGAAGAAAACCCCACAAGUUUUCCAUUUUCUUGAAGUAGGAGAAAAAUGAACAGUAAUUAUGAAGAUGAUUAAUAAUUGUGCUAUGGGAUGUGUGGACUGUUUCGUGUGUUUCCCUUUGUGGGUGGGUUCCUACAGCGCUCGUUCUAGACACAAGUGGAUCCUUUUUGAAUGUUCAUGGAAGGGCCAGGAGUUCUGUACAACCAGGACCCUGCAGCUUUAUUAAAGUUAAAACUGUAACAUAUCUCUUAUAUAUUAAAAAAAAAAACCUUUAAAAGUUUUAAAGAGAAA